AUGUCCGACAGCACGGGCAAUAAGGGCGACCCGGCGGCCACUACGUCGGUUCCUCCCAUCGAACCCCUACAACCACUUGCUGUCCCCGGUUUGUCGUCAGAAUCCACAGAGGCCUUGAAUACUGCCCCACGCCUGGACAGUACGAGCGACGAGGUUCAGGAACUGAAUCUGACAGAUGGCAAACCAGCAAGUAUCGCCGAAGCCGCCACAGCAACACAGGCCUCGCAGCAGAACCCCAGCGAUGCCCCGUCUGCCAGCGCAUCGGCUGGCGAUCACGGCGAGCUGAAAGCUCCAGUAGCCGCUGGCGAGGCUUCACCUCAGAACGUAAAGGAAGAGAACGACUCGGGACCACAUCUAGUCAUCACUCUGUUGUUGAUCACUGGCUCACGGCACCCAUUCAAGAUCGAUGCCAAAUACCUCAAGAAGCAACAGGUCAAUGUUGAAAACCUGGAUCCUUUCGCCAUGAGUGUAUAUACAUUGAAGGAACUGAUCUGGAGGGAAUGGCGACAAGAGUGGGAGACACGGCCGUCUUCGCCUAGUUCGAUUCGAUUGAUUUCUUUCGGAAAGCUCCUGGACGACAAGUCCCCGUUAUCAGACUGCCGAUUCAACCGAGAUGCCCCCAACGUGGUGCACAUGACCGUCAAGCCACAAGAGAUUGUGGACGAAGACGAUGCCAAGGGAGCCAAGGCCCAAUACACCCGUGAACGUGAAUCCAGCGAGCGUAGCCCUGGAUGUCGCUGCAUCAUUCAAUGA